UCAAACCCAGCCCAUAAUUAACCAAACCCCAAAAAUAAAAACCAACACAUGCAAACCACAUUCUUUCAAAUUCUUUCUCCACAAAACAAUAUCACACCACCAGCUCAAGCCACAUAUCCAAUCUCCUCCUCCAAUACUUAUCACUAAUCACUAUCAUUCUACACAAAAAAAUAUUCCAUUUCAAACCCAACAUUAUUUUGUGGAAAAGUCUUGUUCACAUAUAUCAUAUAUUUUCCUAGAAAAUGCGUGCACCGAAAGUUGAUCAGCUGAAUCAACUUAGGGCCAUAUUCACAAGGUUUGACAUGGACGCGGACGGCAGCCUAACCAUCCUAGAGCUUGCUGCGCUCCUAAGGUCCCUCGGCCUAAAGCCCUCCGGCGAUCAAAUACACACGCUUCUCUCCAAUGUGGACUCCAACGGAAACGGCGCCAUUGAGUUUGAGGAGCUGGUCAAGGCCAUAAUGCCGGAUGAUCAUGUCAACGACGAGAUUUUGGUCAACCAGGACCAACUCAUGGAGGUUUUCCGGUCCUUUGAUCGAGAUGGUAACGGAUACAUAACAGCGGCGGAGCUGGCCGGGGCCAUGGCUAAGAUGGGUCAGCCGUUGACGUACAAGGAGUUGACGGAGAUGAUCCGAGAGGCUGACGUGGACGGUGACGGCGUUAUUAGCUUCAAUGAGUUUGCCACCGUUAUGGCCAGGUCGGCCUCGGAUUUUCUAGGCAUAGCUAAUUUGUCAUGAUUGUAAUGAUAAUUAUAAUCAUAAUGGUGUGAUGUAAUCUAUCAAAUGUAAAUUUUGGCUCCGUAAUUUUGUUUUUUUAAAUCAUUGUUUAUUGAUGCAAUGCUUAACUCAAUGAGGCAGUGACACUGUACAAAACUCUUUUCUCAUCGUAGUAUAGUAGACUUUGUUAUGAUCUCGUCUUCAUUUCCUUUGAUCAGCAUAUUAGUAAA